AUGUGGAUUCCUACUGCUCCACACCCGCCGUCCGCCCUGUUCCCGCGCCAGGAACCAAGCAACCAGGACACGGACACGGACAACAAGGGCGACAAUGACAACAAUGACGGUAACAAGGGUCCAGACUGGCGCGUCUUCACCGUCGUCGCAAUCAUGGUCGUACUGUUCAUCAUCAUCGUCGUCGGCAUCUACGCCAAACUUCGCAAACUGCGAGCAAAGUCGCCCCGUCCGCCAAAGCUCCUUCCCGGCAACUUCCUCAAGCGCAAAUGGCAGCAAUGGAACCCCCGCGCCAAGGGCAACUAUUCCGCCCAGCUCCAGGAAAACGACGGCCCCACGCGCCGCCACCGUGCGAACUCGUCGCUCGCUCGUGAGAUGGAGGGACUGGACACAUCCGCCGCACCUGCGAACGAGACGAGUGCAGCCGCCGCCGCCGUCAACAGAAAUACCUCGAUCAGGAGCGUCAUGACCCUGCCUGCUUAUUCGCCUGCUGUGCGAGAAAACGAGAGGAUCUUGGGCCGCGAGGGCGACCGCGCCGGAAUCGACGUCGUUGUCGAGUUCCCCGAGACUAUGGAGGAAGAGGAGGAAGUCAGGGACCAGGAGAUGGAAUCGCUCUACCAGAUCCGUGUUGCAAGACGACAGGAGCAAGCGGAGCGUGAAGACCGGAGACGUCGGCGGAGGGAAGCCAGGCAGAGGGGUGAUCUGGAGACACUCGCACAACUGCGUCGAGAAAGCCGUCAGCGCCAGGAAAUGGGAGGCGGCCUGUCUGCAGCACUCAUCGCAGAACACCAACAUGCACAGGCAAAUCGCGACCGGCGGGUAUCAUCCGUUCAGUACGCAGAGCUAGGCGUUGCCCGCCAUGACGGGACCAGGGUCAGAGCGAAUUCGGCUGAGUCAGAUCACCGCCCUCUACUGGAUUCCGCAGCAUCUAUUGGUGGUAGUUUGCCCGGCGGCGCUGCGAGCAACCGCGUGAUGCACCACCGCGAUUACUCGGCCACUUCGGUUUUGUCUGCGGGCUCCGACGAUUUUGGCAACGCAGCGCGGAAUGCCAGUACCGUCAGCUUUGAGACGGUCCCCCUUGGGCACGAUCGUUCGGCCUCGGGAUCGCGGUUGACUUUGGCUACUACCAACGGCAGUGAUCUUGGAGAUGCAAGGAUACCGCAGCCGGAGCCUCCCAAUUACGACGAACUAGGAUGGGAGGAAGCACCGCCGUACACCAGCCCUGUAGAGACUCGAACCACCCCACAACUCCCCAAUAUUCAAAGACUCCCGAGUAUACACAUCACAACAAGCGUCACGCCGGUCGAGGAGCACCCGCCUCAAAGGAUAGAUGAGAUCGACAACGAUAAUCAUCAGAGCAAAGUCGGGGGCUCGACAUAG